AUGGCUGGCCCAUCCAAAGUCGACACGGACGACUUUGCCACGACCAGUCUCCACUUUGCGGCCCGACGCAAUGCCAUCCCCAACUUGAACCGCAACCACACCAGCGCUCGUUCUUCCUCGGCGAACAUCAUCGAUUCCCGCUCCGAUGCUCCCGCGCGUAAACGAUUACGUCGAGCACGAUCGAUCGAAGCUCAGGCUCGUAAGCGAAAAUCGAGUGAGGACCCGACCUUGGAUUCCAACAUCACCAGUCCGGCCCCAUCGACGGGUUCGGCCGAUUCGGUCGACUCGGUCCAGAUUCUCACCUCUCCUGGUGAGGUCAAGUCCGGGCGAGAUGAUGAGGAAGAGAACGUGCAAAACAAGUUGCAAGGGUUCAGGGUCGACUCGGCCGGUCCGUCAUCGAGGGCGAGCUCCAUGUCGAGGAACGGGUCCUUCAUCGGCGGCAAAUCAUCAACACUGGCGACGAGUCAAGGUCCUUCGCGACUCGGUCAAUCCGACGCCAGCAUCAUCCACGAUUCCGAACACGACCACGAAUCGGAUUCUGAAAUGGUCGUUGACGAGACCCAAUCGUCGCAACCGGUUGGCCGGAUGGGGCAAAAGGGCGACAGAGGAGCGACACGAAAACCUUUCGUCGCUAGCAUCGAUCUCCAAUCUUCGGAUUCACCUUCGUCGACUCGACCUUCUUUUCCGACGGCUACCUCAACGACGGAGGACGAACCUCCCCGACCUGGACAGAAUCACGCCUUUGAUCGAUUCGUCACUUCUCUUCAUGCUGCUGGACCGGAUUUCACGAGGUCGGCCAUCUAUCGAGCUUUCGUCAAGGCCAAGGGGGACUGUCAACAGGGCAUCCGGAUGCUCGUCGCUCAAGCGGCGAAUGGGAACAAAUCGACCAAACCUAUCGCAUCGGAUAUGACCGCAUCGGUCGCACCCGUACCUAAACCCCAGAUAACCCAAAAGGCGGUCACGACGACGACGACGACGACGCAAUCCUCUACCGCGCCUCGCGAAAAAUCCUCCUCCAUGGCCCUUCAAUCUCAAGCCGAAGUGAACCGUCGUAUCCAAAGCGUGAUCGAUCGUUUCGGUCCACCCAAACCGGUCGACCAGGAACUGCGCGACGCAGCGAUAUUCCUUUCCGAUAUCAAGCACUUUGAAGCGUUUGCCCGAUCAUGGAAGCACGAAGCGCUCGGUGCGAUCAGUGAACAAAGUGCGGCGGCGUUGAAGCAGUACCGUGAGUUCCUCAAAGCGAGAUCAAAGUCACUUUCGAACCGAUCCGCGCAUCAUACGACUUCGUCGAACCAUAACGCGAAUCGUACCGUCGGCAAGAGCGUGAAUGGCGAUUCCUUCUACGCCAAGUCCCAAGUCUCGACCAAGACCAAAGCUCCCGCCAGUUCACCGAAACCCAAGCUCGUUUCGACGUACCGCAAAGUCGAAACUAGCGGUUCGAUCCUCGAACGUCAACUCGCCGCCGCGGCGAUGCUCAACAAACCACGCAAGAAGCCCAAAUCGCGACGCCGCGACGAAGGUGACGACGAAGGCUCACACGACGAGGGUGACGAUGGAGCCUGGAAUUCGGACGCUUCCGGUGAUGCGGGUUACGAUUCGGAUGGGGACGCCGCGAUCGUGCGUCAAAGCGAACAGAUCGCCGUCGAAUGGUUCAACACGACGACGAAGGAACAAUUGAUGGAAUUGGCGGGGUGUACGCUCGCCCAAGCGCAAUUGACCAUCCAAUUACGACCUUUCGAGGACUCGGAUGAUUUCCGACGCAGGACGAGGAAGCAAAAAGGCGUUGGGAACGGGAUGUUGGAAGCGUAUUUGGAUGUUAUCGCGGGGAUGCAAGAAGUCGAUCGCAUCCUACGGGACUGUGAGCGCAUCGGUGAAGAUCUUGCUCAAACGAUGAAGAUCUGGACUGACGUAGCAGGCAACAAGACCGCCGCUCCCAAAUCCGAAGGAAGUGACGUCGGUCUGAACCUCGUCGCCGUCACGGACCAAGCGACCGUCACGCGUUCUUCGGACCUCAAAGUCCGCGCCGCGUUUGAUCAAUACGUGUGGAAACAGCCGAGUGGUGUGCCGAGUACGAUCACGCUCAAGGACUAUCAGAUGUUGGGCGUCAAUUGGCUCAACUUGUUGUAUCGCAAGAGGCUGAGUUGUAUCUUGGCCGAUGAGAUGGGUCAGUUUGCUUCCGAGGCCACCUUUGUGGGGACCGCGAUUGACGUACCACUGUCUCUUCUGCAGGUCUCGGAAAAACGGCCCAAGUGAUCGCCCUCUUAUCACACCUCAAAUCAACCGGUGAAGAAGGUCCCCACCUCGUGGUCGUUCCCGCCUCAACCCUAGAAAACUGGCGCCGCGAAUUCGCCACCUUCGCGCCCGACCUCGUCGUCGAACUCUACUACGGUUCGCAGGACGAACGUGCCGAACAACGCUACGAUUUGCGCGAGAUGACGAACCUCGACGUGGUGAUCACGACGUACGAUCAAGCGACGAGCAAACCAGACGAUCGCAAGUUUUUGAGCAAGAAGCUCAAGUUCAAGAUUGCGAUCUUUGAUGAGGGGCAUAUGGUGCGUUUGCGAAUAAGUCAACUGAUGACUGCGCUGCCGACUCGUUCUGACACCCUGCUCUUUCGUCCUCGUAGCUCAAAAACUCGGAAUCGAAGAAGCACAAGGAAUUGAUGCAGUUGCGAGCGCAGUGGCGCUUGUUGUUGACGGGGACACCCUUGCAAAACAAUCUGCAAGAGCUGGUCGUGAGUCUUGUUCGCAUUUCUUCUCUCUGGUCUACGCGCCGUGCUGAACUCUCUCCUGCGUUCACAGUCACUCCUCUCUUUCAUCCUCCCCGACCAAUUCCACGACUCGUCCGAAUCGCUCCGCGCGAUCUUCAAAGUCGCCGCCGGCCAAAGUGCUUCCCUACUCUCGCGCGAACGCAUCUCCCGAGCCAAAAAGAUGAUGACGCCCUUCGUGCUACGAAGGAAGAAAGCUCAAGUGCUGAAGGAUCUCCCGAAGAAGCUGGAACGGAUCGAAUGGUGCGAGAUGACGGAUCUUCAACGCGAGGUGUAUGACGAGGCGAUGAUGCGUUCUCGGAAAGCGUUGUUGGGCGCCAGCGAUGCCGAUCUUGAACAACUUGGUGAUUUAGCUGAAGAUGACGACACCACGACGACGACGACGACGACGACGAGCAAGAAGAAAAAAGCCCUUCCUCUCGCGCAUAGCAAUACGGGUCGUAAGAGUGACGCUUCUUCAAGUUCGCACGUCCUCAUGGAUCUGAGGAAAGCCGCUUCCCAUCCCAUGUUGUUUCGACGUUUGUACGACGACGAUCUGGUGUUUGAGAUGUCCAAGGACUGCUUGAAGGAGUUGGAGUUUGUCGAUUCGAGAAGGGAUUUGGUCGAGGAGGAUUUGGGCGUGAUGACCGAUUUCGAGAUUCAUCGCUUUUGUCUGCAGUACAAGGUGAGGCUUAGAAAGAGUUUUUCAACAACGCACCAAGAGCUCGAGACUGAGCUUGUUAGCCUUCACUUUACAGAACCUACGUAAAUACGCCCUCCUGAACGACGAAUGGAUGUCCGCGGGAAAGAUCCACUACCUCCAAUCAACGCUACCCGAUCUCCGCGCCAAAGGCGACCGCGUGCUCCUUUUCAGUCAAUUCGUGAUGAUCCUUGACAUCCUCGAGGUCGUGCUCGAUACGAUGGGGAUAAGGUACCUCAAGUUGACGGGGCAGACGACGGUGACGGAGCGUCAGGGGUUGGUCGACGCGUAUAAUAAUGAUCCGGACAUUACGGUGUUUUGUGAGUUCGACGUGCUCGUCCUGCUCGUCCCGAUGGAGGAAAAAAUGCUGAUCGGUUGCACCCUCUCCAUUUUUUUGGCAGUGCUCUCGACUCGUGCGGGUGGUCUCGGUCUCAAUCUGACGGCUGCCAACACGGUCAUGUGAGUCGUCCCUUACCAGCUUCACACGAGCCGAUCAGAGCGUUCACCUUGUGAUGCUGAUCGUUUAACUCCCCCUCUGUCGUUCCAGCUUCUACGACCAAGAUUACAAGUACGCAUCCUACUCUUCCCUCCCAAUUCAAUCUCAUCCAAAGCUGACCACAAUCCCUCCCUCUCGUGCACAGCCCACACAACGACAAACAAGCCGAAGACCGAGCGUACCGUAUCGGUCAAACGCGGGACGUGCACAUCAUCAAACUGAUCACGCGUGACUCACUCGAAGAGGAUAUGCUUCGCCUCGCGCUCAACAAACUCAAACUCGAUUCGGAAGUUUCAGGUUCGAUUCCUCCUACGCCCACAACGUCAGGGAGUAGUUCUUCUUCGACGACGAUGACGACGACGACGACGACGUUGGUCUUGCCUCCUAACGUAUCGACGAUUUCAGGUGAGGGGGGGGAUGGGGUCGACGAAGCGAGUUUGGUCGAAGGGGAGAAGAAGACCAAGACGAGUUUGUUGUCGGGUUUGAAGAAGAAAUUCGUCGCGUUGGAGCAGCAACAACAACAGCAGCAGCAGCAGCAGCAGCAGCAGCAGCAGCAGCAGGCGAGUCAGUCGUCAGCUACGCGCGAAGGAGGGACUUUGUCGAGUCCGACCAAGGCAUAG